AUGGCUGCUGUUAUCACCCUGCAGUCGUCCUCGACGACUGGCCCAGCAGGCCCUUCAUCAUCUUCUUUCCAACAGUCCCCCACAUCUGACCACCAACUCCUUCGUCCCCGGCUUCAGCAGGCCUCUCAGAUCCAACAACCACCCACCCCCCAGACCGGUUGUGUAUCUACGCCACAAUCUCCUGUAUCUUCCGUGGGAACGCUCCCUCGUGUCACCGCGCUAGGUCGGGAUGGGUCGAGUUGUGACGCUUGCGUGCGCAGAAAAAGCCGAUGUGCUAUGAACGAAAUGGUCAACAAGUGCUAUUCGUGUGACUUUCAUCGGCAGGAUUGCACCUUCACACUGGCGGUGGCCGGUCGUCCUGGCACGGCGGAGCUGCAGUCGAAGAAGCGAAAAUUGGACGAGACCGAAUUCGAGGGAUUGGGAUCGCCUAAGAGAUUAUCUGCCCUUCCCUCAGUGCUGGCCAAAUCCGAUCCUGUCCGCCCACCUUUGAACCACGCCCUCCCUCAUCCACAACCCAACCAUCACUUGCUCACUGCCUCCUCGUCGUUCUGGCAACAUUCCACCCAGCAUAUCGGCCUUACCACUGACUUAGAGCCCGCCCUCCUUGAGUUCUUGCCCUUGGAUCAGAAUCAAGAAGGGUCCGUGGCUACCUCACGUGUGCGGAAGUUUAGUGACGACGGCACCUUCAUGCGGGUGGUCAGCACUCGAUCGCCCGCGGACUCGCCGCACACUGCUACCUUAGAUGUCAUUGAGAGCCUGGUCGCUCCCUAUGGCUCCACUUUAGUGGACAAGUUCUUCGAACAUGUCCAUCCUACCUUUCCCGUCCUGCUGGAAGACAGCUUCCGCCAGUCCUAUCGGGCUCGGAGUGGCUUGACGCCACUCCUCCUCUCUGCUGUCUAUGUCCUCGCCCUCAAGUUCGUCGAUGCUGGCCCCGCGUCUCAGACCAUCCGGCGUCCAGAUGCCGGUCGCUUGGAGAGCACUGCCAUGCGACUCUUGGUGGACUCGCUGCCCUAUGCCUCGAUCUCAACUAUCCAGGCCGGACUGCUUCUCAUGCAAAGAUCGAACUUGGCUACUGCUGCGUUGACUGCGCAGCUGGUUACUGCCGGCUUUGAGCUUGGCUUGCACCAGGACUGCUCUAAUUGGCGAAUGAACACAUGGGAGAAAGGACUCCGCAAACGCUUGGCAUGGGCCCUUUACAUGCAGGAUAAGUGGUCCGCGCUUGUGCAUGGCCGGCCGUCUCACAUCUUUGCCUCCAAUUGGAUGGUCCAAGACUUGGUGGAGCAGGAUUUCACCGACGCUUUCGCUGCCUCAGCACAACAUGACGAGGCGCCCGUAGGCCACGGCCCGCUCUCUUUUUGUCAUAUGGUGGCUUUGACCACCAUCCUCUCCGAUAUCCUGGACCGCUUUUACACUCUGCAAGCGAUUGAGGAGUUCAAGGCGGCAGGCAAUCAUCGGACUCGUACGAUUCUGGAACGUGCCAAGCCGGCUCAGAUCCGGUUAAAAGAAUGGUUUGCUCGUCUUCCCACGGAGCUCAAGAUGGACUCGGGCGGAGACUUGUUCGAGGUUGUCACCGAAGACAACGCUCGUAAUGGUGCCCUGCAUCUCGCCUACUUCGCGACCGAGAUCACCUUACACCGCUGCAUUGUGCGGUCGCUGGCGCCGGAGAAUGCCGACGCCUACCUGUCCCACAUCUGUCGCUCCGCCGCCAAGACGCGGUUGAUCUCCGCUAUGGAUUUUGUCAACCGACUUCGGCCUUCCCACCUGCGGUCUUUCUGGCCGGCUGCGGCACGGACCAACUUUGCUCUGAUCGGCUCAUUCGGGGUGCUCCUUCGCAUUACCGCCCCCACGAAGGAAGAAGCCGAAUUCUACCGAUUGCGACUGUGCGAAUACCGCUGGACGCUGAGCGUCAGCAAGAAGGAUGCCGAAUUCCUGGAAUUUGCGCUGGAAAGUCUGGACAAUGCCACCAAUCUCGAUCAUUACGUGCCUGAAAAACCCGGCAUCGACGAACUGAUGACUAGUGCUGCCAAACCCACGACAAUUAAUCCUCCUCGCAUGGGUGCCCUGGAGGACUCUAUCCUGGAGGCUCCGGACAGUGGCUUGGGUGGCACCUCCUCAGUCAUUUCGGGACUGGCUUCUCCUGCAACCUCGAUCAGCGACGAGAGCGUGCCCGACUCCUCUAUCCCACCGCUCUAGUCAUUUAUCACCUUUUUCUUUUCACCUCUUUCUGCUUUCUGUUUCCCUUUAAAAGGAGGAUUGCGAUACCCCGGGAUCGACCAGCAGUGUUUCUGUGUCUACUCCUUUCAACUUUCUGUGAUGCCCUGAUGAAUUUGUAUGUCUCUCUUGGUCUUGGCGUUUGAUUGUCUUUAUCCAGUCCGGAUGGAGGGGUCUCGCUUUUAUGAUACCUCUUUGUUUGUGUUUCUUCGUGUCUCGAUGACGACUUUGCUGCUGUUUACGACCUAAUCCCCUAGAUGGGCGGGUGAAUGAUACUGGAUCAUCCCACUCCGCGUUAUAUGUGUAUAUAUGGUUUCUUUCUCCCUAUAUGAUGGAUAUGGGAUGAGCAUAGACUGGAUGGCAAUCG